AUGUCAGUUAUAUUGGCUUCCGCGGGAUACGACCACACGAUCCGCUUUUGGGAAGCGCUCACAGGGGUGUGUUCGCGGACGAUUCAGCACGCUGACUCCUUGGUGAACCGCCUCGAAAUCACGUCCGACAAGCGCUUUUUAGCUGCCGCAGGCCACUUGCACACGCGAUUGUACGACAUUCGCACCACAAACCCCAACCCCGUGACAUCCUUUGAAGGCCACACUAACAAUGUAACGUCUAUUGCCUUCCAGUCGGACAAUAAGUGGAUGGUGUCGCUGUCGGAAGACGGCACUGUCAAGGUAUGGGACACGCGGUCGCCGCUGGUGCAGCGCAACUACAAACAUAACUGUCCGGUAAACGAGGUAGUUAUCCAUCCAAACCAAGGAGAAUUGAUCAGCUGCGACCAGGACGGAAACGUGCGCAUCUGGGACUUGGGCGAGAACCAGUGCACCCACCAGCUUAUCCCCGAGGACGACGUGCCUAUCCACUCGCUCACCGUUGCAUCGGAUGGAAGCACCUUGGUGGCAGGAAAUAACAAGGGGAACUGCUAUGUCUGGCAGAUGACAAACCAGAAGGACAUGACCAUGUUGCAGCCCGUGACAAAGUUCCGCGCCCACUCCAAGUACAUCACCCGCGUGCUUCUUCUGUCAGACGUCAAGCAUCUAGCCACCUGCUCGGCCGACCACACCGCGCGGAUAUGGUCGGUGGAGGAUAACUACGCCUUGGAAACUACGUUGCUGAGCCACCAACGCUGGGUCUGGGACUGCGAGUUCAGUGCCGACUCCGCCUACUUAGUAACCGCCUGCUCGGACCAUUACGUCCGGUUGUGGGACCUCUCGACGAGCGAGACUGUUCGUCAGUACAACGGACACCAUAAGGGCGCUGUUUGCGUCGCGUUGAAUGAUGUGUAG